AUGCGUGUAGAGGAAAACCUCAAUAAUGUAACAAACACAGUCAAGGAAAAUAAGAAAGCAUACAAGAAAAGGUUUAAACAAUUAGUAAAUAAGGUGGCCAAGCUGAGCAGGAAUACAAAAUCAAGAGGCCCAGACAAAAAGAAAAAGUUUAGUGAAUACUCCAAACAGCACCAGGCAAGGAUUCGAAAACAGUUGAAAGAGCAGUGUCAAACAACAUUGUCAUUUCUCGGCCAGUAUGAUUAUGUACCAUCACGAAUUGAGUUGUACAACCACAACACUGGAAUGGUCGAAAGUUUCAAUUUUAUCGAGGAUGAUGAAUUUCAACCAAACCAUGAGACUAGCAAGGAAAUCAGUGAAGCGGACAUGGAUAAAAUGAAUAUGUGGCUAUAUCUGAAAGAUAAGUUCAACAUAUCGAAUGAGGCAUGGCGUGAAAUUUCCAUGGCAUCAGAUGAUCCACCAUGUUUGAACAAAAUCACAAAGCACAUGAAAAAGUUAAACCAAAAGUGGAAUUUAAGAUCCACCCCAGGAAAGGCAGAAGGAGUACAG